AUGAAAGACAGAUUUGGCCAACUUCAGGAUGCGUUGGACGAGCCUGGAGGAGGCGGAGGUUAUACCAAUGAGGCCUUCACCAAUGUGGACCUGGACCUAGAUGACCUGUCUGCCCAUUCAGGCAGGAACCGUGCAACAGUGGCGCCUGACAACGGCCCUGAGCUGAACAGGAUCCUCCAGGAGGCCCAAAAUGUUCGUCAGGAGAUCCAACAGAUCCAGGAAGACCAUGCACAGCUCCGGGACCAGAACUACCACGCCUUGAACAAUACAUUUAUGGACGACACCAGUGAUGUGAUCAGGGAUGCCAACAACAUUGCAACAGACAUCAAGACCAGAGGAGGGGCUGUGUUGCAGAGGCUACACAGGAUGAACAGGGAGACCAGGAAGCUGGAGGUUCAGCGAGGUAGCACUGACCACGUGGUACGCAUCGCCCGGACGCAGUACACCAACCUGAGCACCACCUUCAGGGAAGUGAUGUUCAACUACAGCGAGACAGAGCUGGGACACAGGGAGAACUGUAAGAAACUGAUCCAGAGACAGAUGGCGAUUGUGGGCAGAGACGUCACGUCUGAGGAGGUUGAGGAGAUGAUGGAGAGCGGGCAGCAGUUGAAUAUCUUCAACGCCCUGGCCAAUGGGACGGCCCAGUCGGCACUGACGCAGAUCGCUAGUAGACACAAAGAGCUGCAGGACCUGGAGAAGAGGCUCCAGGGGGUUCAAGAGCUGUUUCUGGAUGUGGCUGUGCUGACAGAGGAACAGGGAGCGGUGCUCAACAACAUCGAGACCAACGUACAAAAGACGGAGGCACCUAUCGCGUGUGCCAGGGUUCAACUGAACGAAGCCAAAAGAUAUGACAAGAACAACCCCAUCAAGAAACUGUUCUGUUGCUGCUCCCCAUGUUGCAAAUGAUUGUAUAUCUCAUCUGAUACUUUGUGUAUGUGAUACAUUCAUGAUCUUGAUAUUAAUGUAAAUAAUAUGAUUUUUUAAAGAAAGCAGUGGGACUGGGAGGCCAGGUAACGAUUGAUACAAUAAGGCCAGGUAACGAUUGAUAACCAUUUCCAGGAAAAACAUACUGUAUGAGGGAUGCAUAGAAGGGCCUAAAAACUCUCUCUGGACUACCAACCAACGACACUUUCAAUCAAAAGAACAUUGCAUUGAGUUUGCAGAGAGUCUGAACUCUUUCUAUUCUAGGUGUGAUAAUCUGGACUUUAGUACUGAGAAGGAUGAGCUGAUGUGUGAACUCUUAUCAUUAGCACAAUGGGAAGCUGAUUUGGUAAUAGAGGAAGCAGAUGUUGAUAGGGGUUUAAAAUGAAUAGCAGUAAACAGUCACCAAAUAAUAGUAAUAGCUUUUUCAAAAAUGAAAAGCUGAAAUGUCUUGAGUCAAUACGUUUGCAACCCUUUUGUUAUGUCAAGCCUAAAUAAGUUCAGGAGUAAGAAUGUGCUUAUCAAGUCAAAUAAUAAGUUGCAUGGACUUACUCUCUAUGCAAUAAUAGUGCUUUUUGAAUGACUACCUCAUCUCUACUCCACACACACAAUUACAGUAUCUGUAAGGUCCCUCAGUUGAGCAGUGAAUUUCAAUCACAGAUUCAACCACAAAGACCAAUGAGGUUUUCAAACGCCUCGCAAAGAAGGGCACCUAUUGUUAGAUGGGUAAAAAAACAGACAUUGAAUAUCCCUUUGAGCAUGGUGAUGUUAUUAAUUACACUUUGGAUGGUGCAACAAUACACCCAGUCACUACAAAGAUACAGGUGUCAUUCCUAACUCAGUUGCCGGAGAGGAAAGAAAGCUCUCAGGCAUUUCACCAUGAGGCUAAUGGUGACUUUAAAAAAGUUAGAGUUCAAUGGCUGUGAAAAAAAGACAAAACUGAGGAUGGAUCAACAACAUUGUAGUUACUCCACAAUACUAACCUAAUUGACAAAGUGAAAAGAAGGAAGCUUGUACAGAAUGAAAUAUCCCAAAACUAAAGUAAAACUGCAAAAAAUGUGGCAAAGAUUUUAACUUCAUGUCCUGAAUACUAAGUGUUAUGUUUAGAUCAAAUCCAACACAACACAUCACUGAGUACAAAGCUUCAUAUUUUCAAGCAUGAUGGUGGCUGCAUCAUGUUAUGGAUAGGUUUGUCAUUGGCAAGGUCUAGGCAGUUUAAUUUUUUUAUAAAAAGAAAAGGAAUAGAGCUAAGCACAGGAAAAAUCCUAGAGGAAAACCUGGUUCAUCCUGCUUUCCAACAGACAAUUUACCUUUCAGCAGGACAAUAACCUAAAACAAAAGGCCAAAUAUACACUGGCGUUGCCUCCCAAAACGACAUUGAAUGUUCCUGAGUAGCCUAGUUACAGUUUUGACAUAAAUCGUCUUGAAAAUCUAUGACGAGACAUGAAAAUGGCUGUUUAGCAAUGAUCAACAACCAACUUGACAGAGCUUGAAUAAUCUUUUAAAGAAUAAUGUGCAAAUAUUGUACAGUCCAGGUGUGCAAAGCUUAGAGACUUACCCAGAAAGACUCAAAGCUGUAAUCACUGUCAAAUGUGUGAAUACUUAUGUAAAUAAGAUAUAUGUCUAUUACAUUUUUAAUACAUUUGCUAAUGUUUAAAAAAAAUCUGUUUUCAUAUUGUCAUUAUGGGGUAUUAUGUGUAGAUGGGUGAGAAAAACACCCAAUUUAAAAAAUACAUAUACAGUGGGAUGAACAAGUAUUUGAGACA